AUGUCGCCGCCGAUGUCGCGCUUGCGCUUGAGCAAACAACUCAGCAUAGACCUCUUCCUCCUUCUUCCUCCUCCUCCUCCUCCUCCUCCUCCUCUUCUCUGGGAUAAUUAUGUUGCAACGGAUAGACUCACUCAUAACCACAAAAGAGCGAUGCCGCGCCCGCACCGCCGGGACCGCAAAUUCUUCCUCCUGCAACCACAUGGACCGCGCGACCCCACCACCGCAGGACUACCGUCCGUCCCGCAAUCCACACCCGCCGUCCGCAUCCGCCGGGUCUGUCGCAGCGUGGCAUGCCGAACCUAUCUCCCCGUCGCGUCUAUUGUAGAAUCUGGCAUCGCUCCUCCUUCGCUCUCCGGAACCAAGCCUCAUCUUUUCGCGGGAUAA